AUAUUAGUUUCAACAUAUAUUUAUAAAUUUAUCCCUAAUUAUAAAAAUAAGCAUAAAUCGAUUUGUUCACCAAAUUAAGCCUUGAAUAGUUGCCUAUUGACAUCAUACCUUCCUUUAACUUCUAUAUUGAAAUAUUUGAAGGUAAUUGCACGUGCGCACGGCUCUUAUGCAACGGCCUAUAGUGAUUAGUUACAGUAUUAAUUUCAUAUUCCGCUUAUGCAUUGUUUGCAUUGUCUGUGUUCCAUGAGUUCAGACUUCAGAGUUCAGACUGUAAUGUAACAAUUUUUAUUGGUUUAAAAUUAAUCGUUUUUUUUUUUUGACAUAUUCGAACAUAAAUAUUAUAAAAAUAUCUUGAUAACUUUUUUCUCCUUAAACUUUCUUUUUUUUUCGCUUUUUAAAUUUAAAUCUACAUUUCAUAUAUAUUUUGAUCUUUCUUAUUUACUGCAUCCUUUUUUGGCUAAAUAAAUAAUAUAGUAUAAUAAAUACAUACAAAAAAUGGAUAAUAAUCCUCUUUCUUCUCUUUCAAGUUCUCAUUCAAGAAAUGAUUCAUUAUCUCAAAGUGAAUUAUUAGAUGGAUUUUUAUUAGUUAGACCCGUUUGGGUUGAUGAUGAAACUGUUAAAAAUUGUAAAGGUUGUGAAAUUGGGUUUACUGCUAUUAGAAGGAAGCAUCAUUGUCGUCAAUGUGGAAAUAUUUUUUGUCAAGAAUGUACAUCAAGAAAAAUUUCAUUGCCCCAGUUUGGUUAUAUAACACCUGAAAGAAUUUGUAACGAAUGUUUUGAAAUUGCUUAUCUUGUUGGAUAUAUAAUUUCUGAUGAACCAUCUACUCAAAUACAUGGUGCAAGAGGGUUACUAGAUAUCGUGGAACGUGGAAAUGAACAUGAAUUGUCUAAUUUCAUUACUUAUGGUGGAUUAGAUGCAUUAGUUUACUUAUGUAGAGCAUCACAUACAAAUGACUUACAUCAAUUAGGGACAACAGCAUUAACUAAUCUUUCAGGUUAUGAAUCAUUUAAACCUUAUAUUAUUAUGAAAGGAGGGAUUCCUUAUUUGUAUAAUUUAAUAUUAUUUUAUUAUAGUAAGAUAAAUUCAGAUGCUUCAUCAUCUGAUCCUUCAUAUACAGCAAAAUUUUUAGACUCUGCUUCUACUAUUAUUUUAAAUAUUGGAAAUAUCCUUUAUUCAUUAUCGAUUUCGGGGUCUCUAUGUCAAAGAAUGGUAAUAGAUGUUGGAUCAUUGGAAGCAAUAAUGAAAUUAGCAAGUUUUCAAUUAGGAAAUUUAGCAGAAGAUGAAACCUCAGAUGAGGAUAUACUUUUAACUUAUGAAGAAAUGCAUUUACGUGUUGAAUUAGCAAAAGGUUUAGCUGCAAAAACUAUUUCAUGUUUGGCAACUAAUCCAUCACAUCAGCUAUUAAUAUUUGAAAAUCCUAGAAUUGGAUUAGACAAAUUGAUGGAUUUGUUACAUUCUAGCACAUAUGAAGUUCGUAAAUAUGCUGCCAAAUCUAUAGCAUAUUUAUCACUAAGAAACGAUAAGUAUAAAUCUGCUUUAAUCAAAGAUGGUAGAGUUAAGGUAUUAACUUCUGUUAUUGAACUUGUUGACGAAAAUUUAGCAAAAGCCAAUCAAGUUACAAUAUCUCAUGCGUGUUGUGCAAUGGCUAAUCUGGCAACGAAUGCUGAAUCACAACAACUUUUAAUUAGUCAGCCAUCUUUAUUGUCAAAUUUAUGUCAAGUUGUUAGUUAUUUUAUUUCGGAUAAAGAAAUUCAGAGACAUGUAGCACGAUUGUUGGCAAAUUUUGCGCUAUAUGAGGAGAAUAAGACACGUAUGUUAUUUUAUCCAAUGACUAAUGAAAAAGAAGCAACAGAUGAAGAAGCAGAAAAAGUAGCGGAACAAGAAGCAGAACAAGAACAAGAUAAUAAUGAUCAACAAUUAGAAGAAUUCUUCGGUAGUAUUGUCCCUACACUUAUUGCUAUUGGAGAUUCACCUGUUGCUGAUGUAGAAAUUCAAAGACAUAUUGUUAGAGCGUUAGAUAAUUUAUCAACUGAAGUUCCUUCUAUGUCACAUUCAAAAUUAUUACCAUGUUUACCAUUAAUUAAUCGUAUAUUGGAUACAAUUAAAGAUGAGGAUAUACGUAAACGUGCAACGCAUGUAUUAAAUAAAUUAUCACCGCCAUUACCUUCUAUACCAAUUUCUUCUCCAUUUAUUUUAAAUAAUGAUCAACAACAUUAUUUUCAACAAGAUUAUGAUGAUAUUUCUCAUUUUUAUGGACAACCUCAAAAUACAAGUGACUUAUCUUUAAAUGAAAAGAAUAAUUUAACAAAGACAAAAGUAGAAGUUGAGAAUAAUACUGCAACUACAAAAACAACAAAUGUAGAUGAUUCAAAUGUAAUUACAUCUUAUUUGGUCCCUGUUGACAAUCUUAUUUUACUUGAUGAUAAAGAAACAAAAACAUCUGCAUAUAUUAGUACUAGCAAUAAUAAUUUUGGAAACAUUGAAGAAUUAAAUAAUAAUUUUAAUAAUAUUAGUUUAGAACAUAAUUAUAAGGAAACCUUAUCUACUUUGGAUAAGCCACCAAAAUUGCCACCUAUUAGACAAAAUAGUGGAGCUUUACCUACAUUAUUAAACCAAUUUUCAUUUGACAAUUAACUUAUAGAUUUAAUUAAUAAAAUGAUAAACUUUUAUUGAGAUCCAAAAUAAUGAA